UAUUUUUUCAAAAUGGCUGAUCGCGAUGGGCAAGUUUGAUCAGUGAUUUGUCGGAAUACGUUCUACUCAAAAUUUCAAAAAUUCUAAAACUUAGUUGCAACAGUGCGUUCCAAAACGCAUUUUGUUUAGUGCAUUAAAAAAAAAAAAUAAUUGCAAUGUAGACCUUGAGUGCUUCUUGUGAUAGUUGAAAGUUGGGGCAAAUCUACCUAUGUGUUAUAGGAAAUGAACGAGAACAAAUUUUGUGUAACUGAAAAUUAAUUGUCGGGCUGUUAAUGUAAAACCAGAAAUAUUGGAUUCAAAUGCAGGCUAUGGAUAAAUUGCCUCAGGCAUCUGUUAAGAAAAGAGAGUCAGUGGGCUCAAGUGCGGUUGUAGAGCAGUUACUUCUUUCAUCCAUGAAACAACAGCCUGCUGAACUUUCUUCAACCAAUUCAAAUUCACCUGAAGUGUGUUUUGUUUGUGGAAACAGGGGCCAUAGUCGUUCUUACCCCUUGAGUUCAAAACCUAGACCUGAAAGACCAAAAGAACCCUACUUUCCAUUUUUGGAGUCUCACGAGUCACCCAAAGGAUAUUCGUCCAGUUGCACAAAAAGUUGGGCUAAAGGUGAUUGCGCUAUCUAUGCUGCGUGUAGCUUAUGUUAUACUCUCCUUCUCCAACAAUGGGACCAGUAUGAAUUUAUUUCGCGUCCUCACUCUGAGCGGCUCUAUUGGCUUAAGCGGGUUGAUAAUGGACCAUACACAGGCGCAGAUAUGAGCAUGCAAGGCGAAUAUGCUGCUCAAGUUCUGGGUCUUAACAACGAGCAAGGGGUUUGUUCCAGUUCCAAAUUUCCCUUCGCUGCAUGUUCCACGAGACCUGUAAUCAGAGACGAAUCUUCAAGAUUAAAAGGUUCGCCCAGACCUACCUCAGCCCCAGUAGUUACUGGUACAGAGAGAGAGGACAUGGUAGCAGAAGGUGCAUUGGAUUUAACCCAUUCCAGUCCACAUCAAGUAGUGCAAUCAGUGUCUGUGCCACCUAUGUUUCACAGCCAAAAUUCUAAUUCAUCCACCGGUACUGAUAUUUUAGACUUAAGUAUGCCUGAUAAAAAUUCCGUGACAGAGGUCUGUUAUGUGUGCGGUGAUGAGUUCAAAAAGGGUAGUUUAGAUUUUAUUGCGUCAAAACAAUUAACUGAAACACCUCUGCAACCAUUUUUUCCCAGUCUAAUUGAACAUCCUAGACCUAGUCGGAGCAGGCCAAUUGAUUCCCAAGGCAGAGUCCAGGCUUGUGUUGAUUGCCAACAACACCUGCUCAAACAGUGGCAAACAUUUCAAACACAAGGAGUUUCGCACGCAGAAAGAAAUUAUACUUUGCGUAAACGUCAGAGUGCCGCUUUGGAUACUACUACCUUCAUUUGUUAUACUUGUGCUCUGGAAUAUCCUUCCUCUAGUAUACGGCUGCUGUAUUGUUGUCCCAAUGCUGAGAAGGAGCCAUAUUUUCCAUUUAUCCAGUCUUUAAAGGCGCCACCCGGGGCUAGCCCUGUUUCCCCACAAGGCAUGGUACAAGUGUGUUCCACAUGUUAUAAGAGCAUUCCUCAAAAACACCAGGUUUAUGGAAAUGAAUCUAGUACCCAGUCUAACAAUCAUAUAAGUGUUACGGAAGUUCAGUACUUGAAUAACAAUUCCUCCCGGUCGAGUACUGUGAAAAGUCCUGCCAAUUCUGCUGGAUCAGACAUUCGGUAUAAGCCCUAUGAUAUUAAUUCGUCUGCUGUAGUUACCAACCGGAAGAAGCAAGUUCCAUUAUCUGAAAGUGGAAGAAGUCUUAAGUCCGUAAAUGUUCCAAGAACGACAUCUCCCUUAAUGGAUGUAAAUGGUCAUCCAAAUUCGCAGAGUUACCGAUGUUAUAUAUGCGCAGGUUUAUUUCCUCUGCCCCAAAUGGAAUGGAUUAGUACAUCUCCCGAAGGCAUGAACUCUCAUGCUAUGCAUUUUCCUUGUUUGUCCAAGAUUGGCAGAACAUUAGAAAAUAGUUGUAUUGAUUCUCACGGGAGAGUUUUAAGUUGUACAAGAUGCGUUAAUCAUUUGGCUGCGCAAUGGGAGACUUUUGAAGCUGAAAGAGUUCCGUUAGAGAGAAGAAGGUAUGAUGUUCCAUUACCUGAUGCCCAACUUGUCAAUGGUGAUAGAGGUAUCCCUACACCUCCUAGUACAAAUAGUGAGAGGACAGUAUGUAGCAAUCCUGGCGGCAGUAGUAUUUACUGUUUUCUCUGCGGUUUACAUUCAGAAUUUACUUUGGCUAGGGUUGUUUAUAGUAAACCUCAAGGUCGAAAUGCACCUUACUUUCCUGCACUUUUGCGUCACAAGAGUCCGCCUAAUGCAGAGCAACUUCGUGAGGAUGGCAGUGCACUUGUAUGUACUUUUUGUUACCAUAGUUUGGUGAGUCAGUGGCGCAGGUACGAGAGUCAAGGCGGCCAUGUAGUUGCAGAUAGGAGAGAAUAUAACACUCACGAUUAUUGUUGUUAUGUCUGUGGUAUAACUACAUAUAGGAAAAGAGUAAGAGCUUUACUUAUAAAGGAUUUUCCUUUCUUAAGAUUUCAUCCACAACCGGAAUAUUCACUGCUUUUGGAAAAUGGUGAUUACUCGGUAGUGUGCUUAGAUUGUUACGAAACCCUUCGUACCCAAUCAUUGGAAUAUGAAAGAUGGGGUUUACCCUUAGACAAAAGGCAGUACAACUGGAUAACACAACCUCCACCUCCAGAAGAUAGUCCAGAAGCGGGAAUAGCCAGACUGCCUAGCGGGCAAAGAAGUGAUAAAGUUGUGCCACCGACGUUCCUAGCCAAACCUGCCAGAAAAAACAAUUCGCCAAAAAUUAUGGAGAGAAAAGCUAGUACAAAGACUGAACAUAUUGCAAGUGUGCCUAAUAGUCCCAAACAACCAACUGUUUCUAUCGUGACUUCUUCAACCACAAACGGUGUCAUAGUCGGUGUGCCUUCACCAACAACGUUACAAGCAUCUGGAAAUUCAAAACCAAGAUCUUCCUCAGGGCAUACUGUUGCCGGGCACAGUGGCGGUCCUGCGGUUUCUGUACAGAACACCCCCGCUCAGCAAUAUUCUUACCAUUCGUUUGCCGCAGCCUUAAAAAGUUUAGCUCAGCAGAAUGUACCCACAACUGGAACAACUGAACAACAAGUUGAACCCGUGCCAGCGCAUAGGAGUAGAGAAUCAGUGGCCGCUAGUGUACCAAUACCAGACAAGUCAAAAGACAGGGUAGAUGCUCAGAUCUAUGGCUCUACUGGAAGUAGACCACCCGAGUCUCGUCUGGCAAACAAUCCUGUUGAUCGGUAUUCACAUCCAGGAAUUAAUGACAUUGGUAGGAGUGGUUUCCAGCCCUACAGACCCGAAGACCAUAGGAUAGGCCCUGUACCGGUUGGGUUAGAUGUAGCUAGCUACUCAUCUUAUGGUGCAUAUCCACCACUUCCUCUAAUGGAAGAUCAACUUUACUAUGAACGAAUGUUGAGGCCGCCCUGGGCGCCCAUCGGUCACCCGUAUCUUCCUUACAUGAUUCCAGGUGCCCACAUGCCGCUGUAUGUACAUGAAAGGUUGAAGUUAGAGGAAGAACACCGUCACCGUCUCGCAGCAGCUGCUGUCGCUCGUUCGAAAGAUGCGGAACUAGAGCGUGAGCUCAUUGAACGUGAACGAGAGAAAGAACGGUCCGCGCAGAAAGUAGCUGACGCGGCCCGGAGGGUUUCCCCACAUGGAGGUGCGUCAUCGGCCGCCCACAUUGCACCUGCGUCGCAUUUAGUGUUGCCAAUGUUGCAUCCCGCGACGGGAGCAAGCAUGUUACCUCCUUCGCCGCUUAGUUUAGCGGCCGCGACUACUAGACACUCUCCACUUGGAACAGCGGGAUUUCUAACCCCAAGUAGUGGGGUGAUUCCUCCUCAGGGCUUUCCGUCUGUACCUAGGUCAUCGCCUUCACUGCAACGCCAAUCGUCAAUGGGUAGUCAUGGUCCUUCAUCAGUUACGCAGCCUGGCUACUCGUCCCUCAAUUUAACUGCACCUCAUCGCCAGUCACCUACAGUUCUUCAGCCUUCAGGGCCGUUAAUAAAUAAUUCUGGACCUGCGGCAACAUGUGCACCCACUUCUAGUCAUUCGGGUAUUGGCGGUCCAUCAUCGUUAUCUUCCAAGCCGCCCACACCAAAGUUAACCUCCCCAUCAACAGCUAACACAGCGUCCAAUCUCUCGUCAAAAGAAGCAAUAUUAGGCGCAGACCGAACGACACUGAUAGCUGCUCCGGUUGCCUCACAGACCGUCGCAGCUAGGAAGCCACAACUAAUUUCCAAGUUCACCGUUACUAAUGAAAAACCAAAUUUAAUCAAAGCAUUCCCAUUAAAACAUCACUCCCAAAUCCCCACUGUCAUUCAACAGAAAUCUUGGAAGUCUUCGUUAAUUACGUCUCCCAUUCCAAAAAUCCAAACAAGUGAAUGUGGAAAGGAUAGUGCAUCCAAAGGUGAUGGUAAUUUAAAAAUAACUCCUCAUUACAUUGACAAUUUGGUAAAAGAUGUGGAAUUUUUUUCAAACAAUAAAAAAAGUGUGGUUCUAACGGCAAGUGAGGCGCAGCAUAUUAGUUCAAAAGGUGACUACGUUACCAAGUGCCAUUUGAAUGAUAAUGCUUUAGUAAGAGAAUCAAAACAUAUUUUGAAAACGACUUCAACUGCAGUAAAAGAUUUAUCUAAUGUGGAAGUGCUACUAUCUGAGAAUUUUAAAACGCAGCUGUCACCCAAAGAUGGUUUGGACCAUGAUACAAAAGACCAGCAUCUAAAAGAUCCACCAAUAUCUUCUAAAGCUUCAGUAGAGGAACUUUUUAGUGAAUCAUCGGAAACUCGCGUCAACAAUGUAUUUGCGUGUGCUGACAAAGGGCUUGAAGUAAAACAUGUUCAUACACCAUUAAUGAAUGUUAUUGCCAAUUUUCAAGUGCAAAACCCCGUUUUGCCCAUGGCGUCGCCAGAAACACCCAAUGCCCCUAUCAUAUCACAAAUGGAAGCCAGUGGUUGUCAUAAACCAGAUGUUACUUUAUCAAAAAGUCUCGCUGUGGAUUGUAACAGUGCAAUGCAUGAUAGGAAGUUAUGUGAAAAUCUGGAUAAUGAAACCCAAACAAGCAAAGCUACUAAUGUAGAAGUCAAAUCUGUUAUUGUCGUUCCAAAAGUACCACCAACGAAGCCACUUCAAGGAGUUUUAAAACGCCGGCAGCCCGAAAGUGUUUUAACACAGUCUUCUACAAUAUUGAAUAUUCCUAAUUUUGCCAUUUCCGUGUCUAACUUGCAACUUUCAAAAAGGCCUAAGUUAAGUAAAAUCGACAUAGCAAUUUUAAGACGAAAGGCUAGAAGGCAGAAAAAACUUUCCAAAAUUACUAACAGAAAGAAUGCUCUUAAUGGAACUUAUGGGACAAUGUUAAAUUUGUCUGAUGAUGUUUUAAGUAGCUCAGGGACAAGUUCAGACAGUGACAGAGAGGAGCCACCUUACGAUUUGUGGAUAAGGUCGGGUCCUCCAUUGAAACCAGAUUUAAGUUCAACAAAAUUAGAUUUUUUGAGCUUAUUUGAAUUAACUACUCACUGUAGAAGAAACACACUGGAAGUACAAAGAAUCGAAAAGAAACAUUGUUUUGCACCUUUAACUAUCGAAACGGAAAGUGAUGAGAAAAAAUUACUGCCUCUUAACCUCCCAGUGCCUUUAAAAUCGCCGUCGGUACUGAAUUUAAUGCCCGACUAUAAGCUUAAAAGCCACUUUUUGCAGUUAUUGGGUUUAAGGAAAGUGCCACAUCAACUUCGUCAAGAAAUGGAGAAGAUAUGGCUUGAAAUUGUAAAAGAGAGAUUAAAAAGAUGUUGUGAAUCUUCUUUAACCAAGUACAGUUUAAAAGUAUUAAAUUUUAAACCUUUGCAGUCUACCUAUACCGUGGAUUAUACUAUUAGUAACAAUGAUGCAUUGUUUAAAAUUCCUAAUUUCAGUAAAUCAAUUAAGGAGGAGAUUGACAAGGUGGGAGCUGACGACACUAUAAAAAUUGAAAAUUCUGAAAAAAUUAGAUGGCCAGGAUUGUUAGAGGUUAUAGAUUCGUAUCAAACAUUUGAUAAAGAACGAACGAGUGAAAUUGAACAACUGAAAAAAUAUCAAACAAAAAUGAAGGAGCAAAUUCUAAAAGGACAGAUUGAGCUGAAUAAUUUGGAACAGGUGAGACAGGAUUUGCUGGCUCAAUAUGUGACCACCGAAGAGGAUGCUACAACAUUAAGAACUGCUAUUAAGAAGCUUUCAAUUGUUAUUAAUGAUUUUCGGUAGCAAAAAUCCAUAAGGAAAGGAAUUUAAAAUAACUUUACACAUUUUCUUAAAAAGAAUGGUUUUUACGUUUCUUAUCGCUUUUUUAAGGAUACUAAAUUUUGUUAAUUGUUUUAGGCUAAUGUGCUAAUGUUAAGUGUUUAAGUUUUUUCUUUCUUUCAGUAAGAUGAUAGUUGAAACUUUCAAAGACUGCGCUUACUGCUGAUCUAAUAUUUAUAAGAAAAUAAAUUAAAAAUUGGACUAAACAUUGAACAUAUUGAAAAGGCAAUUUUUUUCUUUUGAUGUAUGUUAUGUUGUUUUAUGUUAUUAACUCAAGUGCGGCAGUUGUCAGUGAAAAGUCUUGUAAUCGAGAAACUUUAAAAAAACAAAAUUGGAUCUGCUGUGUGGAACUUCUUCGUAUUAACAUUACCGUACUUUUAAGUUAAAAUAUUUGAGAGAAUUAAAAUAUAUUUAAAGAAAGAAUACUGAAGAAGUUGUCAAAUCAGAAGGCAAGCUGUGAUGGGAAAUAUGAAAGGGAAAAUCAAAGGCAUAGAAGUAGCAUGGAUUUUUUCAAUAUAAAUGGUUAAUAUUAUUACAUAGUAUUAUAUCAUUAUGGUUUGACUUUUUUGAGUCGAAAGUCUUAACUUAUUUACGAAAAUUGGGUAAAGUCCGUAUAGCUUAAACCGAAUUUAAUGUUAAUUUUUUACUGUUUCUGUUACGUUUACGGGUGUUUUUAUUUUAGGUAGGCGUGAGUGAUGUUCACUGAUUCUGUGAUAAUACAUUUUAGUAACUUUGAUGUAAACAUUGUUUCUAGCAUGACAAACUUAAUAAAUGUACAUACGAAAUUUGUUGCUGUUUGAUAACUGAAUACCAAUUGGGUGUUAUUUGGCUAUAAAGUGAAUACAAACCGAAAUUUCAUCUAAAUAGUCUAAUUAGCUGCAUUCGCACAGCAAAAUUGGCAACCGGUUGCAAGCUCGGUGGAAACUAGUCGAUAAAUCUGUCUAAAACGCGAAAUUUCGAACCAGUUUUGUCUUAUUUUUGGUUUGAUAAAUCAAUGGCUUACAAACUUUUUGCAUUGAGUUCUAUUUAGUAAGACUUUAUAGUCAAAAAUGGAUAUUUUAACAGCAAGUUUUAAGUUUAAGCUUCAAUUUUAAGAAAAUUGUACAUUAAAGCAGAUUAUUUUUGUUUCUAGAGUGAUGCUUGAAGACCAGAGAAUUAGUUCACUAGUAUUAAUGAAGAAUUUUUAAAACAAGAUCUAAAUCUAAAAAUCAGGAUUAAUUUGGAGUUACGGUAGCAUAGUAUAAUAAACCUUACUUUUUGAGUACUAAAAAAAAAGUAAAGUGUCUGUGUUACAGUAUACAGUCCAAUAACUUAAGUGUCCAAAUAAAUAAUUGCUUUCUAAGGUGCUAUUAUUAUGUAACAUCACUUUGUAGUACACCUUCCGCCAAUGAAAAUUGAUACACUAAAAAUUUCGAUAAGCAAGCACCAGUUAAAAAUUAUAAAAUUAUUGCAACCAUCCUUUCCAUAUUUUCCAUG